CACAGCUCAAGAGGCAACCAGAGAGGAGAAGCGCGAGAGGCGAGAACAUCCUGAUCCAGGACCCGCUGAGCUGAGCAGAACCAGGAGAGCAGAGGGAGUCAGACUGAGAUAUGCACAGGGAGGAGCUGCUGAUAAGAGACACGCUUAGAUAAGACAGACAGGCUAUCUGCAGCCAGGUGAAUCGCGCCGGGGAGGAGAAUAAUCUGACUUUUGCAGCGGAGCGUCCAGAGAAUUACGCACGAACGCGCCAGACCACGGUGUACCAACUUUUACGCACGGACCUUUGGAGAUGCGGCGCUUCACUCACAGGGAGAAUGCUGCGUUAUUCUCACAGCACGUAUCAGAGUUACUGGAACAGGAGCUCGUAAUCUGAUCAUUUUGGGACUGGAGUUCAAGUGGACGCAUCGAGCACGUUGGCGCAUGUUGACGAAUCUGUCUUUUUUUUAUUUUUUAAUCACACAUUUGGAGACAUUCUUGGGAUCUCAGUGGGGCUUUACUGGGACUGCAGACUGAUAUCAUAGGGACUGUAGCCUGACGUGCACCUCAACACCGUGCAUUACGCACCUGUCCCACUGCACCCUUGACGUCUCUCUCCCCCUCUUGUGUGAGUUUUUCAAAACCAGCGGCGUGGACGCAGUCAGACGUCUAGCCUGAGCGUGAGUCACCGUGAGCGAACACUUGGACGAGCGUUGCGCUUAUAAGCACUGACACAUCUGAGGAUAUUUAUCAGUGCGCGCCUCGCACCAGCAGCGGCCAGCACACGACGACGCUGGGACGGAGGCUCGGUGCGGCCGGGGGAUUGGACGCCGAGGUGCUAAAUGUCCAGCCGGUCGCUUGCGGCUCCUCAGGCUGGGCGGCAACAUGAGGUCCUGGGUCCUGCUGCUGCUGCUGGCUGCGCUCUCAGCGGCCCGUGUGCGGCUCGGAAGCGCUGAGGGUGAUCCGCUCCCUGCGUCGCUGGUCGACCUGGUGAGGAACUCUCCCAUCUCCUCUGUGGACGACCUGAAGCUGCUGCUGCAGCAGGAAACCAAUGCAAUAGUAGAAGAAGAAGAUGAGCACGAUAUUCUCACAAACCACACCCAUGGCCGAUAUACUAGAAGUCUCGUAGAGGCGCAGCCGGCCCAGCAGGCGGCGUGCAAAGUCCGGACGGAGGUGAUGGAGGUGACGAGGUCGAUGCUGGAUCGCCGCAACGCCAACUUCCUGUUAUGGCCGCCCUGUGUGGAGGUGCAGAGAUGUUCGGGCUGCUGUAACACCCGGGUGCUGCAGUGUGUCCCCACCGUCACCUCCAGCAGAUACCUGCAGGUGAUAAAGAUCCAGUAUAUAAACAGGAAAGCACAUUAUGACAAAGCCAUCAUAUCAGUGGAGGAUCACGUCAGCUGCAGGUGCCAACCUCCCACAUCGUCCUCGUCCUCGCCGUCCUCCUCUUCCUCCUCCUCGUCUGUUCCCGUCACUCGCUCCUCCAGCACGAGCAACCCCAACCCAGCUCCACCGCAGCAGCCUCCGCCAUCCUCCCACCUUCCCCUGGCCCUCCCCCGUCCCGUCCACCCUGCUCCACCAAAGACUCAGGCCUCCAAGGCCGACCUGCAUCGCCUCGACAACCUGAAGCACAACCAGCAGCGCUACCACACCGAGGAGCGCGAGCCGGUGGCGAGGCAGUGGCAGCAGGGCAGCUACACCCAGCUGGUGCACUGGACGCAGCCCAGGGUUCAUCAGGCGCCCACACACGUGCAGCCAGGGGUGCAUCAGCCGGUGGUUGGGGUGCUUGGGCCGGUCAGCAGCUGGCCGUCUGAGGCGAGGGCAGAGCAUAGCGUCAUGGGAAGUACGCAGCAGGUGGGGCACGGGAGCGGGUAUGAUGGGAGCAAGGAGGAAAGCAGCGCGCACGUAGCAAACAGCGGCGGGGAUGUGCACCAUCCAGAUCACAUGCAGAGGCAGCAGCAGCUGUUACAGCAUCAGCAAAGACAGCAGCAGCACCAGCAGCAGUAUCAGUAUCACCAUCAGCCGCAUUACCCGCAGCAGUACAACCAUGGAGCAGCGGAGGACCAAGAGCUGAGGACACAAUAUCGGCUCAACGCUCCCCAGUCGGACAGCGCCUCCCCGCCCGGCAGCCCAACCCAGCUGCCAACAUUGGAACAAAACCCCACCCCUCCUCUGACCACCAUUCAGAAAGACUCGGUGACCAGCCAAAAAAAUACGGAGGUCACAAAUCACAGACAGACUGAGACUGCAACAGCCAGUCGGAAAGAAGGGAACGAGAGGGAGGAGAGUGGGAAUAGUGGGGACACGGCCAUGGCGGAGCUGGCCAAUCAGGGGAAGGAUAAAGACUCUAAAGUGACCAGCGGGGACGGUCAUUUAACACAGGAGGAGAGGAGACAGAAAAUUCUGGAGACGGUACAGAAGGAACUGGAUCGAGAGAGUCAACUUCAUCCGCAUCCUCCUCAGCAAAGACCAAAACCGACCACAUUUAAAACAGCCCUCUCCACCGUGGCCCCCUUGUCGCCCUCAGCCCGCCGGGCCCCGUUCCGACCAGCCUCGCCCCGCCGCAGGAGGAAGCACCGCAAACGCAUCAGCAAAUCAGCCAUCAGAGCCAUGAUCAUGUAGAGCUGCAGGAAGCGGUAAAGCAAACCAAACGCUUUUGGCCUGACACGUUGCACCAAAGGAAUAUGGAGAGAAGAGAAACAUUGGAUUCAUGGAUGUCGGGUGACGGAUGCUGAGGAAUCAACAGAGGUGACGGACACUGCUGCUGUUUCCACCAACAAAGUCACCUUCACCGCUCCAGAGCUGCCGCAGAGCGUCCAGCUUCAUGGAUAUAAUAAAAGUGCAAUCUUAUGAACUCCUUGAAAGGGAGGAUAUUUGUCACACUAAACACUGGAAUUAAUUCGUAUGAACCACAUAAUCCCAUUAACAUGGAUCGAUGGAGGCCUAUGAGAUGCCCGAAGGCUUUGACCGCUGGUCUCUCCUCGCAGUUUGCAGCCAUUGAUUGGCUGCUUGAACACUUUUGACUUGACGACUGAUUGGUCCUCAAAUGGAGAACUUGACUGUAAGUCGGACUAAGAGGUCAUAAUUUGGGGCUAAACGUGGAGCUCGAGAUGAAACCGGAGACGUGGAGAACUGGAUUUCUACACUGGGACAAUAACUGGAACCUGGAGAGUGCAGCUCAGGCCUCAAUGCCAAACAUUGCUGUUGUCCUACAAAUGUCUGAGUCUAACUUUAUUAACACUGGAGUAGCCAUACACUGAUCAUACUACGUCGACUAGAGAAGUGCUCUACCGUGUACUGUAGCUUAAUGUACUGGAAAAAAAAUAUCGAUAACCUGCUCAUUUUUGUACUACUGCCAGAUCAAAAUGGAAUAACAACCAAAUGCCUGCCUAGAUAACAUGCUAUGAAUAUCCACAUUAAAGCAAGUCUUAAAGACCUGGCUUUUAGAGAUCGCUGUGAGCCAGUUAUAGCCAACACUGUAUGUAUAAAUGCUUCUAAAGAAAUGAUUUCUGGGGAAAGAAAAGAAAAACUUUAUUUCUUAACUUAUUUAAAAAAAAAAAAAAAGAAGGAGGAUGUGAAGUCCUCCAGUUCUCAAGUGUAAUUAUUGUUGCCGACAUGGUUCAGAUUAUAAUUAUUGGUUGUACAACUGUUACUGUUAUGAAUGUUAUUUUUAAUAAAAAAUAAAAAUAUUCAACGAAUA